GUAGUGCGAUGGACCCCAUCCAAAAAGGACACAAAUGUCCCGUGUGGAUCGAAUAAAUGACAAACAUUUACCCUCACAAAUUGUCAAUAUUUACCGUACCAAAUUGGUCAGACCCCUUCUAGACGGGGUCAAACAUUGUACAGACCAAUUUGGGUUAUCCUUCAUCCAGGUCAGAAGAAGCGCUUGAAAAUGCAUGACUGCACGAGUGAUGCCGAACAGACAGCCGACUUCAUCCAUUCCAAAUACGCCUAUCAGCGGACAAAGGUCUCAUUCGGAAAGGAUGGAUGCACCGCCGACGUUAAUGUUCAGGAGGAUCUCUACACCUUCCAGUCUGAUGAUGGUCGUUGGGGUGGUAAUAACGGGUCGACGCUCACCGCCAGUAUCCUCGCCAAUCGUCACAACCUGUCAUGGGAGACCAAGGAUGGUGUACAGACCGCCAACUACUUUGGCUCCGUGACGCAGUCGUCGACGAUACUUCUCGGCACGGACGAUGAGCAUCGCGACGUCUACGUUCCGUUCGGCGCCAUGCUUCCCAUGGUUCAUCCCAAUGACCUUGUCCUGGGCGGGUGGGACAUUAACAGCGCAACGCUGGCGGAGGCUAAGCUAUCAUUUGCCGUUUUUUGAUAGCAUCUAAAUAUGUGGAACGCGACCAAAUCCUUUGGAUCGACUCAGGUUUAAUCCGGCCCGUCUGAUUCACAUCACCGAUGGUCGGUCACCUGCACGAAGAGGGACCUGAGCACUACCCUGAGCUCGCAGUGAUUUCUGCUGCUCACCCCGUCCGGCCAGUCUUCCCAACUGCUCGCCCUGACCUCUUCCCCUAAAAGAGCCCACCCGCACUUAGUCGAAGUUUGUGGUCGCUGACAGUCCAUAGAGCGAAGGUCCGACCAUCUGAGCAAAUCAAGAAUUCAAAGAAGCCCAACCUUCAUCUUUUCGAUCUCCAGCCCUACGGCGACUGUGGCAUGUCGCUGGUGUCAG